AUAUGGUCAUCAGUUUUGCUGUAUACAUCAUUUAAGUUUCAUUUUGUAAAACGAAACUUUGACACAUCUUACUUUUCUUUUUAGCGGUGGUUUCCGUUACAAAGUUUUAGUAUUUAUUUAAGUUUUUGUCUUAUUUAUAUAUUAAAUAUAUUUGCCGCUGUGCACGGACUUGAUUUACUUUCAUUUUCUCUUGCCUUCUACGUAAAGUGUAAGCAUUGUUUAUACGAGAGGCAGAAUUCACCAUAGAGAUAUUCAAACUUAUGAGUUGAUGACAAACUGACAACACCAUAGAUUGAAACAGAAAAAACGACUAAAAGGCAAACCAGAGUAUACAAAACACAUCAUCAUCGAAACAUAGAGACUGAGCAGCACGAACACCAUCACAACACCGGGUGUUUCAGAAAGGUAAGAAGAUCCUGCACCACAUGUGUUACUUGUCGUGUUGUUCAUAUAAGUACAAACUAGAUGACCAAUCUAGUUCGAUGAUGUUACAUUUGAGGAAAAGAUGGCUUGAUUGUGAUUUAGACAAUUGGGACAUAUCCGUCGUAAUCGGUGAAACAGAGAUUGCAUAACGUUCCACCAACUGGUGAUAACCAUCGUAAAAUUGUCGAAGGGAUGAUUUCAACUUAACUACUUAUAACUUUUGAAUUAAAAACUUCCAUGUAAGCAGUAAAUCUCUAUCAAAGAAAUCUUGAUGGGGAAAAAUUAUCAAAUACCAGAAUAUUUUAUUCCAUCCACAAUACGAAAAUGAAAUAAGCUUCAUUUAAAAUUGGUAACAUCAGCUCUGCUCUGAAUAAACCAAAGUAAAGUUACAAAAGAGGGGCGAAAGAUACCAGAGGGACAAUCAAACUCAUAUAUCGAAAAUAAACUGACAAAGCCAUGGCUAAAAAAGACCAAGACAAACAGACAAACAAAAGUACACAGGAAACAGCAUAGAAAACUAAAUUAAACACGAACCCCACCAAAAACUUGGGGUGGUCUCAGGUGCGUCGGAAGGGAAAGCAGAUCCUGCUCCACAUUUGACACCCGUCGUGUAGCUCAUGUUAUAACAUAAAAUUACAAAGUAGUAUCUGUACGGUCCGUGGAAACUGAAUAUUAUCUUAACUCAGUUGCUAUGUUCCGACUCAUUUUUUAACUUUGACCUUUUCAAAGCUAACAUUAUACGGGAUCUUUUCUGUCAGUGUGGGUCUGAUAUUGAGGAUAUUCAUUAUUUCUUUGUCGUUUGACCCCAAUACAGUACAUGUAUAGAAAUUAACUCAAUAUUAUUUUUCUAUGUGUUGUUAGUUAAGUGUUUGCAAUUAGCGUGUAGGUUUCUAUUCGUCAUAUGAGUUUUGAAUGUUCCCCAAUUUUGUUCAGCCUCUAUUUCUUAAAUACUUUUAACGUGUGUUAUGUGCGUUACGUAAGGGGUAUUUGAUACAUGAAAAGACUACUAAAAGCGAUUGUAAUCAUGUAAUUCCAUUGCUGGUUUAUUCAUAUUUGUUUUUAUAAAUCACUUAUAAGUAAUCUGCGCAUGGAGAAUACCUUUGUUUCUUUAUGAAAGAGUAUGUGAUAUUCAGUCGAGAAGUUGGGGAUAGAGAUUUUUAGGGGAGGAGAUACCCAUUUUCACCUGUUGCUAGUCCGGCUUGAUUUUUCGCCAUGCGACAAUAACGUUACCUUUGUACACAACUAUUCUUGCAUUUUCAUGGCAGAAUAUUCUUUAUUAUCUUGUCAUUAAUUGUUUAAGUCUUUACCAGCCCAGAAUAUUCAUUUCGACAUCCUCCUGUCUCCCCCUCCAGAAGAUCGAAUGGUUAUUCCCUUUAUUUUUUUAAAUAUCCGUUUGAAUAAAUUUAUCAAGCAAAUGAAAUAGUCUUGUAAUUAAAAAAAAUCAUCGUUGAUAAACGAAGACAAUUUAAAACAAGGAAAUAAUUUGUUCUUGACAGUCAAUAACAUCAAAGAGUUUGUUUAAUACCCGAAUGUGAUAAUUACUAGUUAAUUAUUAAUUACACGGAAAACAAAAGGGUCGGAAAGGCUGAACAGCAGUUAAACACAACUGGAUACUUCCUUACAUCUGAGUACGUGACGUCAAAGAAUUUAAAGGAAUUUCUAAGUUUAGGGAACAACCAUUUUAUUUCAAGGGGUGGGGGUGUUAGGGGUCAUGGUUUUUUCCUAAUAAAAAUAUUCUGAUCCCUAAUUUGAUGAUAAAGAAAAAUAUUCUGUUGAAGCAGAUGUCAACAAAAAGAUUUUGAAAGCAUAUUCCCCCCAUACUGCAUAGUGUUCAUUUAAAAUUUAAAUUUGAUUGAUAAUGUCGAAAAAUUUCAUAAAUUUGUUCGCACUUUGCGUGAAAAAAAUUCUCGAAAAAUUACCAUACCCCCCUCUUCCAGUAACAGCCAAGAAAUUUCCAGAAAAUUCGUAAAACUUGUUUAUUUACUAUAAUCAUAUUAUAGAUAUAUAUGAAUUAUUCGGUGUACCGUAACAAAUAUUUAAUGAGUAAAUUUAUGUACCGUUCGCGUCUUUUCCCUUUUUUAUUUUUAAUAUUACUCUCAAUUUGAUUUAUUUAUGAAAAAUGUAUAUUCCUAUUCUAAAAAUAGUACCGGUAGUUUCCUGAUUCUUCAAUUAUUUAUUGACCUUGUCAAUGCGAUUUGGGUCAUUAUUUGUUUCAAAGAAAAUGUAAACAAAUGGCUGAAAUUCGACUGAACAGGGAAUUUAUAGAAAUUUCCAAAGAUCCGCCUCCAGGUUGUUCAGCCGGCCCAUUAGAUGAUAACAUAUUUGAAUGGAAAGCCAUGAUCGCAGGGCCAUAUGAUGAUACGAAAAGUCCUUACGCGGGAGGAGUUUUCUUCUUAAAAAUGAUGUUUCCCUAUGAUUACCCUUGGAAACCCCCAACGAUUAAAUUUCUCACAGAAAUUUACCAUCCAUAUGUUGAACAGAGCACAGGGAAAUUGUUUUUAAAUAUACUUAGUUCACCGUGGUCACCAGAUUUAACUAUAUCAAAAUUAUUACUGUGUAUAAAAGAAUUCUUGGAUUCUCCAGAUCCUAAUUGUGGAAAAUUGAGUUUAUUGGAAGCAUUCAUGUACAAUAAAACGGCGGCUGAAUGGACACGAAAACAUGCCGAUGUUAAAUGAAUAUUAGAAUAUAUUAUAUCAAUAGUGUUCCCUUGAAUUUGUAAUACGCGUCUCAGGUUAUGUUUGUACAUCCAUUAAGUUUAUUUGAUAUGUUUAUUGUGCUGAGAAAACUGUUAUAUGAUUAUAAAUUGUAUGUGUUAACAAAA